UAUUGCCUCGUCCUUUAGUUACUUCAGAAGUGAAACCAAGAGAAACCAAACCCCAAGCUCUCAUUCAACCAACAACCAAAAACACAUAGCGCACUCCCCAUUCAUCCAAGGGCAAGAUGCUCGACGAAAACUUGCCAACCUUUCGGUUGAAGCCGUCCUCCGAUAACCCGCAUUCGAGCCUCCUCUAUUUCACCCAGAACGGUUCCGAACCAGCAGCCGAGUACCUGAUACGUCGGGCGGACCCGGCCCUGCCCGCCUCGCGCAGCAAGUACGGGAUUGCGAUAUGCGACCCAUAUAACACUGACGUGGUGUACGGAGAGGUGACGGUCGAGCCCGAGUGGUCCCAGCCAACCCUCUCCGCUGCUGAGAUCCGCGCUCAAGCCCAUGUCGGCGCGGCCCCGGCGCCGGCUAUGCCGCUUGUCCCGGACAGCUUCACAGUUCAGCUGUACAACCCCGACCAGUCGGUGGCCGUCAAGAUGGUGACUGGGUCAUGGGGCAAGAGCGAUACCUGGGAGUUUGAACUCCCCGUCCAGACCUUCCGCAAGCCCACUAUCAGUGCGCUAGACCGCGAACAACAGGACAGCUCUACUGCGGCUGCCGACCUGAUCCCGCGGGUCAUGUUUAGGUGGAAGAAAGACGGGCUGCUGAGCAAGGAUAUGACAUGCUACAUGACGGGACAGCGACUCGGCGCACGCAAGAACAAGGAGCCCGACAUUACCAUCGGACUAUUCAAGGCCGCCCGGGAGAGCAUUCUGACCGUCUAUCAGCCAAACCUGCACCGCGUCGAAAUCGAGGACCGCAAGGGCCUGGAAUUGGUCCUUCUGUUAGCAUCAGAAGUCAUCAAAGACCUCUGGUUGAUCCCCAAGCCCGACACGUUCAACGUCCAGGGUGGAGGAGGCCCGGCACUGAACGUGGCCAAGAGAAAGAACUCCCGCCCAGUCGUCAACCCCUCCCCGGCCGCCCCCGUUAUGUCCGGCGCGCUGGCGAACGUCCCCCCCGCCCAACCGGCACCCUCACCUCCCCCACCAGCGCAACAAAAGACCAACACCAUCCCGCCCCCCGUCAAGCCCGAAAUCGACGCCGAAACCCGGCGCCUCCAAGCCAUGGUCGAGCGCGAGCAGCGCGAGCGCGAAAAGGCGGAACGCGCCGAGCAGAAGCGCAUCAAGAAGAUGGUCGAGGAGGAAGACAAGGAGCGGCGGCGGCGCGAGGCCGAGAUCGCCAAGGAGACGGAGCGCCUCCGCAAGAUGUACGGCGUCGAGGGCCAGGACCUGCCGUCCGACCGGCCGUCCCUCCCACCCCGCACCCAGCCCGCACCCGCACCCGGAUCCCCGCAGCAGCAGCUCGGCCCCUGGGGCCACGGUCCGCCGCCGACGCUACCCCCGCGGCCGGUCAGCGCGGGCCCGCAAUCGCGACCGCAGCACUCGUCGUCGCCGACGACCCCGGGGCCCCCUCCGGGACAGGGUUGCCAUGGUCAGAGGCCGCCAACGCAUCAGAGUCAGCAUCCACAGCAGCAGCAGCAGCAGCAGGGGCAGGGGCCGUUUCAUUCUAAUGCGCUGAAUGCGCUGUGGAAGGGCGCUGCUGGCGGGCUGCACCAGUUGCAGAAUCAGGGGCAGCGGCCGCCGGGUAGGAGGAAGUCUGAGGAUGAGAAGGCGAAGGUGAGGAAGAAGAGGAGUUCGCAUUGGUAGUUUUUGGGGAUGUGGGAGGUUGGAGUAGGGAGUUUGGAGGGUUUUGUUUUGGGUAUGACUGGUUGAUGAAGGGAUGAGCGAAAGUAUGAGCGUUGCUUGGUUGCUUGGAUUAUAUGCAUAGAUGGUAUACAGCUUUUGCAACAGCGACUUUUUUGUCCAUGCCGGC